CGCCCUGCCGAAGGUGGACGGCCGCCUCUAGACAGCGCCUCCUCUUCCCGCGCCAAAGCCUUCACUCUUCCGUGUCUCGUUUCCAGUUACUGCUUCUCUGUCAAGCCCGUUUGCUUCAUCAGAAAUGUUCUUUACAAUCUCAAGGAAAAAUAUGUCCCAGAAACUGAGUUUCCUGUUGCUGGUUUUUGGACUGAUCUGGGGCCUGAUGUUACUGCAUUACACGUUCCAGCAGCCGCGGCAUCAGAGCAGCGUCAAGCUCCGUGAGCAGAUCCUAGAUUUAAGCAAAAGAUACGUGAAAGCCCUGGCGGAGGAGGGCAAGAGCGCGGCGGACGCCGACGGCGGCGCGUCCAUGGCAGGCUACGCGGAUCUGAAGAGGACAAUUGCAGUCCUCCUGGACGACAUUUUGCAGCGCUUGGUGAAGCUGGAGAACAAGGUUGACUACAUUGUUGUGAAUGGCUCAGCAACCAACACCACCAAUGGCACCAGCGGGAAUUUGGUGCCCGUAACCACCAACAAAAGGACGAGUGUGUCGGGCAGCGUCAGAUAGCAGUGACGGCCACCACCAUGCGCGGCUACACCACUGUGGAUGACAUCCACCGCAGGACACCUCUCAAACCGCUGCCUAGCACAGGGUUAUACUUGACAAUAAGAGCUCUCCACAUUUCCAAGGAGCUUGCUGGAUUCAUAGGACGCUAAUUCUGUAUAUAAAAAUCGCAGGCAUUAUUAGUUUGCUUUCACACAAAGCUCUUCAAAGCUGUUCUGUAGACUUAGCAGGACUUUGGUAACAGGUGACUUGGUAAGCAGGGCGGCCAUCUUUGCACAGGGAUCAAAAAGGAGCAAAGCACUAGAAAGACGUGGAGUCCUUUAAAUACUUAUUUGAGUGUAUAACAUGUUUUUCAGAGACAUGGACAGUAAUGUUCCUGAAUCAUUGUGUCGUCUGUCCUCAGCGAUGCCCCUGUGAGUAGAAAACAUGCUUACUUCUAGGACUGUAUUUUGUUACUCGGAUCAUGAGCAGGAGAAAGGAAGCAUCCCAUUGAAAAGCAUGUUUUGAAGUAGACCCAAAGAAUGUUUCCAUUUGCACUACCCUUCAAAAUAACUGAAGGUUAACUGUAUAUUUUUAAAAAUAGCAUUUGUAAGAAUAUAAUUUUGAAAUGGGUAGCAGCCACUGUCCAGAGCCUAACCAUUGGGGACAAUUUAAUAGAAAUGAGAGAAACCUCUAAUCUCAUACUGUAAAAUUUCUUAUAUAUAUUCUGCAGACUAAUGCUUCUGCAGACAUAUUUUUAUGAUGAAAUGAAAAAUAAAAUAUGCGUGAUUUUUCACAAUCAUGAUCGUUGAUUUGAAAGUAAAUCCCAGUGUCAUAUGUCUAUAGCCAUGGAUACUCAGGAGGCUGAGACAGGAGAACUGCAAGUUCAGCGUCAGCCUGGGCAACAGAGCAGACCCUAUCUAAAACAUGGGAAAGAGAAAAUGUUUAGCCCAUUGACUGUUUCUACUAUUAGGGAAGUCCUUCAUUUCCAUGUUUUGGUAAAUGUUGCUUUGGUUGUAUUAGUGGUGAGGGAAAGGCCCCGAGGACUCUAGCAGAUGUAUAUUAGAUAGUAAAUGUAUUUGUGCUGCAUAGAUAGAACUGCUUGGAAAAUGUGACUGUUAGUUGAUGCUAGUAAGAGUGCCUUACGUUAGGAGAUGGCAGGUUAGCUAUUCAUCUUAUAUAAUGACCACUUUAUAAAAUUAAGAACAUUAAAAUAUAAAUUAUGAAGAUUGAGUAUCUUCUUAGGGAAACAGCUACUGUAUACAGCACAAGAAAUUUUAACUUGGAUAAUUCUAGUGUAAAACAAAAACAUGUCUUUAUUUAAAUAUCCUUUGUAGCAAAUCCAGUUGUUAUAUAGCAUUCUGCAUUUCAUAGUAUUUAUUCUAUAUAAUAACUGCAAAUGCAGCCAGCCUGUAGAUUUAGACUAAAUUGAAUUUAGUUUUCAGUAUUGUUCAUUAUUAUAAUGGUACCACAAGCAGUAGCAGUGAUUAUAAUGUUUUGUUAAAAUAAGUAUAAGAAUAUAUUGUUCCAAGAAAGAUAGCUUUUCUGCAGUCUCUUCCCUGUACCUUUAUGUGAAGAAAUAAUGUCGCCUUGCCAGGUAGACGCUGCAGCACCUGUUCAGGCUCUGCGAGUCCUGAGCAUCUCUGGU